UGUACGUGCUUCCCAGUGUGCGUGUGUGUGUGUGCAUCGUUGACCGUAAACUUCGCACUAGGUAGCCGCCCCCUUUUUCUGACGUCACUUCGGAUGGACAGAUUGCGCGCGAGCACGGUCGCCUGGGAGACGGGAGUCUGAGGAGUGUGGACCGAACUACGAGUAGGCGCGCGCGCUGGAAAACGCACAAACCGCUCACUACAAAACUUUUCAACGAACCUUGAACAACGUUUCGGGAUCAAAGUCGGCGUGAAGUCUAAGCAGUAAACAGGUGCUCAAGUCUGGGAUCUAUUGCGGGCUGCUUUAAUGGGAAGCAAUAUCGGAGGGAGCAACAUGGAAGGAUAGAGGAUGUGUAUUAUAACUGGCACGCACUCAGGAUGAUCACACACACAUAUUUAAAAAUAAUAAUAAUAAUAAUAUAGCAACUGCUAUGUGCUACUUUAAGAGAUCGUGCAGUUAAGGACAGGGACAGCUUACUAUUUAUCUUGCUGACUAUAACAAGCAAUCUACACAAAAGGAUCCGGAAAAAAAAACAGUUCUGAAACUAAAAGGUUAGAAACACUAGAAUGACCGUGAAAGGAAAGUUCACCGGGAAUAACUGAGCGCGCGCAUGGAGAGAUGAAUGCAGCCUUAUGAUGGAGCGCGUUUGGAAUCUCCUGGUCUCACUGAGGAGCGCGCUGCUCUGGAGCAUCCUGUGGCAAUCAAUGUCCUGUUAUGAGAAGACUCAAUCACAUGCUGAGGAUGAACUCUUCAAGAAGCUUUUUGUUGGAUACAACAAGUGGUCGCGGCCUGUGCCAAACACCUCAGACGUGGUCAUCGUUAAGUUUGGCUUGUCUAUCGCCCAGCUUAUUGAUGUGGAUGAGAAAAAUCAGAUGAUGACAACCAACGUCUGGUUGAAGCAGGAGUGGAAUGACUAUAAAUUGCGUUGGAAGCCCUCUGAUUAUGAGAAUGUGACAUCCAUCAGGGUGCCAUCAGAGCUCAUCUGGGUUCCAGACAUUGUGCUGUACAACAAUGCAGAUGGAGAGUUCGCUGUGACCCACAUGACCAAAGCUCAUCUCUUCUACACAGGCAAAGUGCGCUGGGUUCCCCCUGCCAUCUAUAAAAGCUCCUGCAGCAUUGACGUCACUUUUUUCCCUUUCGACCAGCAGAACUGCAAAAUGAAAUUUGGCUCAUGGACAUAUGACAAGGCCAAAAUCGACUUGGAGCGCAUAGAGACCACUGUGGACCUCAAAGACUACUGGGAGAGCGGCGAAUGGGCCAUCGUCAAUGCUGUGGGAACAUACAACACCAAGAAGUACGACUGCUGCCACGAGAUCUACCCAGACAUCACAUACUUCUUCAUCAUCCGACGCCUUCCUCUCUUCUACACCAUCAACCUGAUCAUCCCUUGUUUGUUGAUCUCCUGCCUGACUGUACUGGUCUUCUACCUGCCCUCAGACUGUGGUGAGAAGAUCACCCUGUGCAUUUCUGUCCUCCUCUCACUCACUGUCUUCCUGCUGCUCAUCACAGAGAUCAUCCCGUCUACGUCACUGGUCAUACCGCUCAUUGGCGAGUACCUACUCUUCACCAUGAUCUUUGUCACAUUGUCCAUUACCAUCACUGUGUUUGUGCUGAAUGUGCACCACCGCUCACCAGGCACCCAUAAGAUGCCAAGUUGGGUGCAUACUAUCUUCCUCGACAUCAUUCCACGUUGGCUUUUCAUGCGCAGGCCGGCUCCCUAUGGACGCCGUCGGCAGAGGCUGCUGCUCCUGAAAAGUCGAAGGUCACAAGGACUCAGGGCUCCUGCUGGAUCAUGUUUGAGCACUUCUGCCAGCUGGUUCAGGGAGGUGGCUGAGGAUGAGGAAGCAAACACGCAAUGCUUUUAUGAAGACCUAGAGUUGGGCACGCUGUCUUCUAAUUUCUCUCUUUCCUUCCGCCCUCCUUCUCCUCGUCCACCUGGCUCCACCCCAACACCUUCUCCUCCAAUCCCGCCUCCUCCUACUUCUCUGCCUCUGAAACAUGGACCUUCUAUGAGACAUGAUGCAGUGUUGGGUGCCAGGCAUCCAGGGGGUAGAGUGAACCAUACUAAGCGACAGUCAGACAACGAGCGAUUCUGUCUGUCUCCCAGUAUAAUGCAGGCUCUGGAAGGAGUUCACUACAUAGCAGAUCAUCUGAGAGCACAAGACGCCGACUUCAGUGUUAAAGAGGACUGGAAAUAUGUUGCCAUGGUGAUUGAUCGGAUCUUCCUGUGGAUGUUCAUCAUCGUUUGUCUGUUGGGUACCAUCGGCCUGUUCCUCCCCCCAUGGCUGGCUGGCAUGAUCUAGAGCCCUUUAUAUAAACUUGCAGACAUGCAGUACGGGCCCUGUGGAUAUACUUGUCAUUGCAGACAGUGAGCGAGUAUGCCACAUGGAUGAGUAAUAUGGAAACUGUGAAAAAAUAUUUGAAUGAAGAGCAAGAAAUUCAUCAUGGAGCAGAAUGUCUAUCAGCACUGUGCGAGAGCCCUGAAAGCAAAUUUAUCUUUGAAUGUAAAGCCUUGCAAUGAAUACUGAUGAAUAAAAUGUGGCACCUUCAAAAACAACUUCUGCAUGAGUCCACGCAGGGGUGUUCAUUUUAGUUCUAUCUAUCUUUCUCUCUCAAGAAUCAAUGGAUUAACUUCUGAUGCAGUGAGAUUUAGGGGACGUGACAUGUACUGACACCACGGCAGACCCUUGGAGAACAGCUGCUAAGAGAAAAGCUGUAGUGAGCUGUACUUCAUUUAAAAUCCUGAGAAUUCUGAGGGCCAGAUUUGUUAACUAUUAUGUAUGAAGUACCACAUUUUUAAUAGUAAAACAUACAGCGUUCCUUCCCAUUCAGAGUGUGUGUCCGUCUCGAGCCAAGUAACGGAAUACAUGUAAUGGUGUUACAGAAUCGGGAUACAAACAACUGGUAACUGUAAUCCAUUACAGUUAUGUCAAAAAACUAAGUAAUCAAAUUACAGGUAAUUUUUUAAAAAAUGGGAAUACUAUCAGGAUUACAUUUUUUUUCAUUUAAAGAAAUUAAUAUUUUGACAUAACACAAUAUAGACAGUUGCUUAAUUAUAGUUCUGGUUCUCUCUUACCAGUUGUGACUCACAUGAGCAAUAUCCUGGUGCAUGCACAAAUCAAUUUUAUUAAAGUUAAUUUGGUAGAAAUGAACACAAAUUGUUCUCUGAAAUGUUUUUAUUAGGGUGACCAUACGCCCUCUUUUUCCCCGGACAUGUCCUCUUUCUCGGAACUUAAAAAAGCGUCCAGCCGGGAUUUCUAAAUUUGAGAAAAUGUUCGGGAUUCAGCUUUAGUUUCAUUAUGAUCUGCUUAUGGUCUAAUACUGCUGCAUGUAUGCGCAUAUUUGCAUUGCUUUAACCCCUCUCUGUAAUUCCCGCCAGUUGAUCGAUUAUAAAAGGCUUGCAGCAACUAUUGGCCAAAUUCCUCCCUCUAAACCAUUAGUCUACUCUCAGCGAACACGCGAAGGUGAAGCACUGUUGUACACAGUUGCUUGACAAUAGCAACAAAUGACAGCUGUCCUGAGUCGAAACAAUGCCCAUGGCCAUAUAAGGUCAUUUUAAAUUUCAUGUUAUCACAUUGCUUCGUAUUGCAUGUCCAUUUAAAUGUAUAACUAAUAGCAAAGAAGGUACACUCGUGGCGUCUGAUUUUAUUUUAUUCCAUGGACAUUCAAAAGAAUGUAGGAAAAAAUAUAAAACAUGGGCAGAGUGAAACCAAUUUUAUUUAUAUAUAUUUAUAUGAUACCAAUAUUGUUUCUUUUUCAGUGUAUUAAAGUCAGCAUUCAUAGUAACACUGUUUUGAAACCUAUUAAGGACACCCCUCCUCAAAAAAAAAAACUUUCCUCUUUUUGGAAAACCAGAAUAAGGUUACCCUAGCUUUUGUGAUGUAAUGUUACCCUCAUCAGGGACAGUGAUUUUUGAUUAUUUAUUUAUUUAUUUAUUUAUUUAUUUAUUUAUUUUAUUGAAACAAAUCCAAACAUUGAACCUGUUUUUAAACUCUAAAAUAAAC